CGGACGGCUCAACUCUAGGCAGCGGGCAAACCGCACAAGCUCCCGCCGCCGCAGCAGCUCGUACUGUCGUCCCCUUCCGCUCGGCUGCUCCCAUUCAAAACCCUAGGCGCAAGACGCGACGGCGGCGGCGGCGGCCGGUGGGGCAAGCACGACAGCGAGUAGCUUGCGCAGCGCAGGCGCGCGGCCCCACGGAAGCCCGUUCAAGCGUGAUAACACCGACGAAACUGAUUGCCAAGGCUUAGAGAUAGGAGAGGGUUAGAGAGAUGGGGCGGCCUUACGGGGUGAAGGGACGGAAGAAGAAGCGCAAGCUCGAGGAGGCGGCGACCUCUGACGCUGCUCCGCCCGCUGAAGAGGUGGAGGAGCUGCCACCACAAGAGGAGGCCGGUGGCGAGGAGAAGGGCAACGAGGAGGAUGAGGCAGCGGCUGGGGAGGAGGAGCACGCUGCGGUGGACGGGAUCCCAAUCGUACCCAGAACGCUUGAUGGGAAGCGGCGGCCUGGCGCUAUCUUCGUGCUCGAGAGGGCCUGCCUCGAGGUCGGCAAAGUCGGCAAGACUAUGCAAAUCUUGAACUCAGAUGAUCAUGCAAAUUAUUUGAGGAAGCAGAAUCGCAAUCCUGCAGAUUAUAGGCCUGAUAUAAUUCAUCAGGCUCUACUAGCAAUAUUUGAUAGCCCUCUGACUAAGGCUGGAAGGUUACAGGCUGUUUAUGUGAGGACUGAAAAGGGAGUAUUGUUUGAAAUCAAACCUCAUGUUCGCAUGCCAAGAACGUUUAAACGUUUCUGUGGUUUAAUGUCACAAUUGUUACAAAAACUGAGCAUUACGGCAGUUGGGAAGCGUGAGAAACUUCUUAAUGUUGUUAAAAAUCCUGUUACCCGCUAUCUACCUGUUGGUGCACGAAAGAUUGGCCUUUCAUUUAGUGCUGAGAAGUCAGUCAACUUGUUUGACUAUGUUGCCAAAUCCAGUGAUGAUGAACCCCUUGUGUUUGUGGUUGGUGCCAUGGCCCAUGGAAAGAUCGACAAGGAAUACACAGAUGAUUACAUACAAAUUUGCAACUACCCUCUCAGUGCCGCCUGCUGUUUAAAUCGGAUAUGCAGUGCCCUGGAGCAAAAGUGGAACAUCCAAUGAUGAUCUUUUGAAACAAGCAUGGGAAUCAUGUUUUUUGUUACAUAUGAUUAGCUAGUAGCAUUGCAUGAUUCUCCAUCUUACAUGUACUGCCUUCUUUUUAUCUACAACACCUCGAGCUUUGACAGUGUUAUAAAUUUUAAACCAAAUGUUUCAGUGUAGCAGUAUGAGGCGUUUUAGACAUCAACGCCGGUGCUUAUGAUUCAUGCCUCUAAACGGUUGUUCAUCAAGUCAUUUUUGACAAAAAAAAAACCAGAGUGCUGUGCGUAAUGAGACCAAACUUGGUUUAACUCGCACAUUGCUGUUAGAUCUUUAUAUCUGGUCAUGUAGUAUACCGCAACGAUGUUCA